AAACUAAUGUGUACUCAAAUCAAGAACAUAACAGAUAUUCUUAUUGUUGGUUUCAAAAUUCUUAAAAGAAGAAUCAAAAAUCUUAAAGUUGAGUACAACGACGCUCAACCGUUAUUCUUUACAAGUCAUGGCAUGCAUACGCUGCUGUCAGCGUGCCAGCAGUACUCACAUCUGUGUUUGUUUAUAUAUCUGUGCAAGUGUAGCGACAUUCAUACGCAGCCGGACAAUCGUAGUUGCCUUUGAAUUUUUUAUACAUACAUACGUUGCUGAUAGUAAGGAGCGAAGCGUCAGCAAGGCCCACAUUUGUGUUGUUAGGUCGGUGUUAUGCAGAAAUUUUGUUUGGCAAACUGCGUGAAAUUGUUGUUGCAGCAAACUCGGAGAGAGAGAGUUUGGUGACUCUCACAGCAAACAAAAUUUGUUGGGCCAAACAGAUGAAAAAUAAGUGUUGCCAUACACAAAAAUUUGCUGGAAAAUACAGUAUUGCCAUACGAUACGGUAGAUGUUGCAGUUAUACACAAAACAUGUUUAUUCCAGAAGAAAACGCGCUGAGUAUAUGUACUGCUAACGCAAAAUUUUCGAUAUAAAGAUAUUUAAUAUCCGCGCGAAUAUAAAAGUUAUUAAAAAAUGUAUAUCUCCUGGAGCCGAGCGUUAACGGAAGAAUUAAUAAAUCUUCUCCAGGCCCGAGAGUGUCUUUGGAACACAAAGCAUUGCCAUUAUAGUGACAGGGAUAAGCGAAAUGCGGCAAUAAAUGGAAUUCACGACGUUUUGGUGACGAAAGAUCCCCUUGUGACCCCAAAAAACAUUAGGGAAAAAAUUCAAGGACUGCGCUCACAAUUUCGGAGAGAAGUGAGGGCAAUUGAAGCCAGUAAACGGAGUGGAUGCGGCGCAGCAGAUGUGAAAACACCCAAAAUGUGGUGUUACGAGCUGCUCCAGUUUCUACGUCCAAACGUAGAAAUAAGGGUGACGCAGGAUAGUUUAAAUGAUGAAAACAGGCCACAAACGAUACGAUACGGACAAUAAUAUAAACACGGAUAACGCCUCGUUGAGGGACGAACCGUCGUUUCAGGUUUCAUCAUCUUGCAGAAAACGAAAUAAGGCUCAUUUUCAACAAAAGGUACAACAGGGAUUAAAAGAGUUGACAAAUAUAAUGGUGACAAACACAAAAAGGAAAUAUGAGUGGUUUGGCGAGGAGGUGGUCAGCAUACUGGAUGGUAUGAAAAGUGAGGACGUUGCUCUGGAAACCAUUGAUGCCAUCCAUUCCCUGCUAUCUUCCGCCAGAAAAAAAGACAAGGAAGUAACAAACUCCGCGACAACUCGGGAUAUUUUAAGUUUAGCUUUAGAUGGUGUUUUAGAUGAUAGCGAUUUGGAAUAGAUUUUAAGUUAAUGUAAGUUUUUAAUGAAUUUUACGGUUGUGGUAGGUGAUAAGUUUUAAUGAAUUUUUUUAUUUUUACUUAAUAUCGUCACCUGACGGGAAGAGCGACCUAUGUCGGCAGCCAAUUCGAAAACGGCCUAUCUCAGAAAUUAUUCAAGAACGCCCCACUUCAGAAUUUGACUGAAGAACGCCCUAUUUCAGAAUUUUAUUGAAAAACACCCUAUCUCAGAAUUCGGCUCAAAAACGCCCUAUCUCAGCUGGAAAUACAUUGAAAAUGUACUGAGAUAGGGUGUUUUUGAAUCGCCAGCUGAGAUAGGGUUUUUUUUUU